ACCUCCGAGCACACGACGCCUACAGACGAUACGACGAGCCUCAGAUCGGUACUAAUCGGGCAGAUGACUGUACCUAUACACUUGCCCAUCAGCAGCCUUUGUAGCCUACAGUCAACGGCGUCACAUAGUUACGAACAUAUCGAUAUCAAGAACAGACACGAGGACCAUAUCAUUACAUCACGAGAUUACCAUUCCUCAGGUUCCAUUUUAACAAGUACAUAAGUCGCAAAAGCCCCACGCUGAAGCAACCAACACCAUGCAAGGCUAGAGCUUGCCAAGCCACCACCCAGACGUGCCUUCUUGACGUCUCGUACGCGCCUUCCUCACAUCUCUCACUCCACCAACCUACUCAACACACACCACCAUGAAUUCGAUCCGCGCCAUCCAGCAGCUGAACAAGCGCGAACUUGAAGCCGGGAUAAAUCCAGAAGGCUCAUGGCAUACCGACUACCGCGACACAGCCUUCAUCUACAUCGGCGGCCUUCCUUUUGAACUUUCCGAGGGUGACAUCAUUACCAUUUUCUCCCAGUAUGGCGAGCCAGUUUGGAUCAAACUUGCGCGUGACAGGGAAACAGGAAAGUCGCGAGGGUUUGCAUGGAUCAAAUACGAGGAUCAGAGGAGCUGCGACUUGGCUGUUGACAACCUGGGUGGAGCGAACAUUAUGGAUCGCAUAAUCAGGGUGGACCAUGCGCGCUACAAGCCCAAGGACGACGAAGACAUGAGGGACAACACCAUGGGCGAGCCCGAACUCCUCGACCAAGGCGACGAGUCUGAUGGCGAGAGAAAGAAACGGAGAAAGACCGAGAGUGACAGCGAUGAGGACGACCGACCGUUGCUUCCUGAAGAGAUUGAACUCGGCAAGCUUAUGGACAAGUUGGACGAGGACGAUCCUAUGCGUGACUCUAUAAUCAAGCGCCAGCAGGAGAAAGUGGACGAAGCCGUUAGGAAAUUGAAGAAGCAAAAGCAAAAGGAGAAGGAGAGGGUAAAGCGGAAGGAUAGACACAGCCGGAGAGAUAGGUCAAGAGAUCGGGAUCGGCACAGGGACAAGGACAGGAAGAGAAUCAAGGAGGGGGAAGAAUACAGAGAUCGCCGCCACCGCUCAGAUAGAACUCGGGAUAGGAGCGAAGACUCUAGAGAUAGGCGCGACCGGCAUCGAAAGCGUGAACGAAGGCGAUCACACUCAGAUGAGGACACAAAGCCCUCGCGUGCAAAGGGCUCGCGUUCGCCGCUUCCUUAUCGGGCUCGUUCACCUUAAAGCUGUAGAUUCUCAGGUAUAAUUACCUUUUCAUAUAAAGCACUUCGUGAGGUCAGACGAAUAAUCCAGAAUACAUUGAAAGCAGUCAUGUAUUCUUUAACGCUAAGUCAAGUAAUGUACAAGCAUGG